AUGGCUAUUCCACUUACAACAGCCGGACCACAGUAUCAGUAUCAUGACGACUUCGAUUCUACUCCUAAACAAGGCUCAACGCCAACACAAGAUCAACCUUUAGACCGGCCUCAAGAACAGGCACAACCAUUGUCAGCUCACGACAUACCAUCUCUUCCCGCCAAAGAUCAUCAUAUAUGGAAGGCCAGACUUAACCUUCGUCUCUUCUCCAUCUGUGUUGACGCUCUUCUGCUUGUCAUUGUCUCGCUAUUGGCCUCUAGUUCUAAUGAUGGGGAAAUCUCCCUCAUCUUCUUUGGUGUCGUCACUACCCUUGCUCUGAUAUGGAAUUUUGCCGACUCUAUCCAUCUCUGGACCAGAAGAUACCACAGUUUUAGCCCCUCCACACGAAUCUGCAUCGAUUUUCCAUUAGCCAUUCUCUUUGCAAUCCUGUCACUCAUCUAUGGCUAUUUCGGUCCUUCGGAUCGCCCAGUUUCCGGCUCUGCCCCGAGCACAGACGAGUCACAUCUUGGGAGACGAGCCCUUGGAUGUUUCGGCAUCACCAAAGCGUAA